GGCUAGCUAACCCGGAUGGGGGUGCGUCUGCGACCCAUGACGCUGAGGAUAACCGGGCUGAUUCCCCGGAUGGUCACACUGAGGCCGGCUCUCCUCAUCCAGGUUGGUUAAAUUUCCUCAACCUUUUGAUUCCACUUUCAUUUUGAUAAGGUGAAAAAUCUAACCGGUUACUUUGUUCUUUUUGGCGGACAUGAACUUCAACAGGAUGACCACCAUCAUUGAGGAUGACGACGAUGAUGUCCAAGUCCUCCACUCCAACCGGUCUCCUCUCUCUAACUCUCCUUCUCCUCCUAACUUCCCUGGAAUGGAUGGGGCCACAAGUGCCCGGUGUAGCCCUAUCCAUGCGCAGAGCCAGAAGCUGAAAUCUCCUUCAGCCAGGCAUCAUUCUGAGGUUGACUGGGCUAAUCCCCCCAAAGUCCCGGUCCAAUCAGGUGCUAAAGAGGUCGGUGCAUCUUCCUCUUCAAAAGCCAAGGACCAAAAAAGGAAGAGCUCUCAUAAGAGUUCCAGGGGAGGCAAGAAGAGGAAGAUUAGCUUAUCAGACAGGGAGGGGGAAACCAUCGAAGAAGCCUUCCUAUCCCUGGCCAAAAAACUCAGCAAGGCCGGGGUCAUUUCAGAGGAGAUUGGCCAAACAUUAAAGGAGAAGGACCAGGUCUCCCAACUCACCCUCCUCCUUGAUUCUGCUAAGUUAGAGAUCAAUGACCGGGCAGAAAGGGAGAGGAGACUUGAGGAAGAGUUGAAGGAAGAAAGGGCCCAGUUUGCUCUUCUGGAGGAGGAAAAGAAGAGAAAGACCGCCGAGCUCGAGGAUGCGCUGGGCCAGGCUGAAGAAUCUGUCCGGGCAAAGGAGGAGGCCUUUCCCUCUGAAGCUGCUGACUGGGCUGUGCGCCAUCACACGGAGGUUGCCCGGUCCCUUCUCACUACCCCGGAGGAAACCAUGGACUUUUUCAAAGUCAUGUAUCAAGAGCCGGAGGGGAAGAGGAUGAUAACGGAGAUAGGGUCUUAUGGAUUCCAGUGUGGUCAGAAAGAUGAGAGGUCUCUUCUUUAUGCCAGACUUCUGAAGAGGGAUCCUUCCUUUGACCCGGCCAAAAUGAAGCUUCCAGUCCUCUACAAGGAAGAGCCGGCUCCCCCCUUUCCCCUAGAAUAGGUUAGGGUUUGGUUUUUUAAAAAACUUUGAAUUUUCCCAAGGCCUGGGGGAUGUCCGGCCUACUUCUGACUUGUUUAAUAUUAUCUUUUGUUUGACAUGGUUUUCAAUUUACUGGCUUGUUUCUUCUUUCAGUUUGCAUGGUUGUCCUUUUCUAUGCAUGGUUAUUGCUUUUCUUUUCUUCUUCUUGAUCGCCUUUGAAUGAACUUCCAAGUCAAUA